AUGAAGAACUUCUCUGGUCGAUUCACCGAAGCCUACACAUCACUGCUUGAUACCCUGCUGUGCUGCUCGCCGCUAGGAUCAUGCCUCGAGGAUAGGCGACGGUCGACUGACUCUACUGGUUCGCUGUUUGGAUUGUCGCACCUGUCACAAGUGACCAACGCGCGUAUUGAGAAGGGCAGUGUCGUGUUCUCGGAUCAGCCCAGGUCAACACCACCACCGGUACUGCCGGCUUUUGGAAGCGAGAAGAAGAUGGCAAGAGGAUAUAGCGAGGAGCAGGCUCCGAGGAUGAGAGCUAAAGGUUACGGGCGAGGGCUCUUCUCUGCGAGAAGACGGCUGUGGAAUCGUUCCUCGUCUACGCGCCGGCCGCAGAUAUCUGCUCCUUCGAAUUUUCGCCAUAUUCAUUCAGAAUCAUUCCAGUUCCCCCAGCGUUCACACCAAUCUCCGCAGCCUCGAGGAAGGCCCAGCUCAUUCCGUCCCAUAGAGCUCAGUAUAUACAUGCCCACACGCCGCCUAUCGCCUAUUCUGCCGCACUUCGAGUAUCCUGACCGUACCAUCACGCCUCCCCCACUUGCACGUACCCAGGGUAGCUUCGACUCUGAUGGCAUCACGCUCGCUCACGAGAGGAGUUACUCAUCCAUGUCCUUCCAUCUGCCGCGGCGGCCGGUGCCCCAGUCAUCGCCUUCCCAGAGCACAGAUGAGACACCACCCAGAAUCCCCCCGCGGUCUCGACUUCGAGCCUAUACGUCGCCCAGCGUCGACAAGAUCUAUGAGCGUAUCGCGAGCGCCAUAAUCGAGAGAGAUCGGCUACAGGAUGAGAUUGACUCGGUCAUUGAGCGACAGAGCAUCUACGCCAGCAGCCGACCAUCAACAGCUCAUGGACUAGGAGACCUCGAACCCAUGCCAUCUAUUCCUGCUUUUCCCGCAGCAGCACCUUCCUUCGCGGAGAGACUCAGCACGGACAGGCCCAAUACGGCGCCGCCGAUGCCUAACACUGGUAUGCCGAGCCACGAGGGUCCCGCCGUUGACGAUGAGACCGCCUUUCCAGCCCCGUUGCGUCAGGCCAGGGCGCCAAAGGCACCAUCGAGGGUGAACGGGAUGCCCGUGGAUAUCCCACUGGCACCUCCCCUGCCGCUCGUUCUCAGGCCACCUCUAAGGAAGAAGAAGUCUUUCUCGCGUGUCUCUCAUUGGUUGUUCCCCGUCGAGGAGGGAGGACAGCACCAGAGGGAUAACAGCUUCGGCUCUAUUACGAAUCUGCCCAAACCCGUGACGGGCAACGAGGGUUUUUACCAGUGCAUUGCACCGUCGCAGCUCGCUGAGCGAGCCAGCUUCGAUACUAUGUCUACAAUCUCGACUUGGACAACAGAGGAGGAUCCGGCAUUGCCUUCUACCUGGUCGCCUGGCAGCUCUCCGGUCACGAAGCAGGAGACGCCAACGUCGGCAGUGGGUCGGAUGCCCGUUUUUGGAGGCGGUAAUACUAGGCAUAUUACCCCGAGUGUUGGUGUGGCCUUUUGA